CCUGGUGUCUCUGUUUGAUGGCUGCUGAAGAGGCCCAGAAAUCCCAAAUCUACAAGACCAGAUAAAGAAACCCAAACUAUUUCUGCCGUUUCUUUACUCCAUCUCUUGCCAAACUGUUCCUCCAUCUGGUGGGUGUUCAAGUGCUAUCUGGAACAUUGCUGCAAGCUCUCAUCUCUUUUGGAACCGCUUUCAGUGGAAAAAAUAAAAGAAAAGGCAGCUAAAGGACAUGUGAAAAAGUCAAGACUGUUGUAGCCUUGAUAACUGUUUGUAUUCCUUGGGUAGCAGAUGCUUAAAUGAUGAUCCCUGUGAAGAUGGGCAAAGUUACUCUUCUUUUCAAGGGUAUGACACAGUGAAACACAUCAACAAUUAAGUAAGACCACAGGCAUUUAGGAAACACCCAGACCAGCAUUCUGGAUGUAGUGAAACUCAUAGGACAGGAAUCUAUGAAAUAAGUGAAAUAGUGAAAUUUGGCAAAAAUGGCUUGUGAAUUUAAUCUGAACUUCCUUAAGGAACUAGAACGAGAGGCUGUUCUGGAAGUCCUAUACCGUGACCAGAUGGUGAGAAAAAUGGAGGAGGAAAGAAUAAGGAAAAUGAAACUGCAUCUGCAGCAACUUCGGUGGAAGGGGGCAAAAAGUGCAAGGCAUGAGUACCAGGAGAGAUCUUGUGCUCGCUGUCAGAAGUCGCUGGGGUUGCUGAUGAACAGAGGCGCAGUGUGCAAUGGAUGCAGUCAUCGUGUGUGCUCCGAAUGCCGUGUCUGCCUGAGCCCCUGCCUUUGGAAAUGCACCAUUUGUUAUGCUCAUGGAGAUGUGAAAGUGAAGGCUGGUGAAUGGUUCUUUGAGGAACGAGCAAAGAAAUAUCCAGGUGAAGGCAGACAUGAAACAGUUGGUGCAAAGCUCUUGGAAUCUUACCAGAGUCUGAGUAAAAUUUCUGUUGUACCUCCAACUCCACCUCCUUUCACAGAAUCAACAGCAGGAGCCAAUGUGAUGGGAAAUGAACUUGGAGAGUCUAAAAGGUUUAAUAAAUCUGUGGAAAACAUGUUUUUGUCUCUCACAACGCAUAUGAAAAAAAUAUCAAAGUCCCAGAAUGAUAUGGCUGACAGAUGUGUCCUAACCACAGAUUAUGGGAAGAAUGUGGAAAGAAGAAAACAAAGAAGGAGCCAGUCUGACACUGCAAUCAACAUUACAAGCAAGAUGAAAAGUACACCCAGUCUGCAACAGCUCAUCACUGGAGCCCAAAAUGACAGUGAAACCCAGAGCAAAAGUAGUUGUUGCAAGGAGGAAGAAGACAUGACAACCAGUCCCACAAGUGAUACGGUUUUCUGUGAUGGCAGAAAACAUGGGAGUUUAUAUAGUCUUAGCAGCACUUGCACUGACUCUGGAAAUUUUGGCAAGGCUAACAUCACAGGAGAAAUAGAGUUUGCCUUAAAGUACAACUUCAGACCUUGCAUCUUGGAAGUUUGCAUCAAGGGAUGCAAGAACCUGGCUUAUGGAGAAGAGAAGAAGAAAAAGUGUAACCCGUAUGUGAAAGUUUAUUUACUUCCUGAUAAAUCUCCUCAGAGUAAGAGGAAGACAGCUGUUAAAAAGAGCACAGUAGAUCCGGAGUUUGAUGAGACUCUGAAGUACAAGAUUGAAUACUCCCAGCUGAGAAGUCGGCAGCUUCAGAUCUCUGUGUGGCAUGCAGGAGCUCUCAAAUACAGGGUGUUUUUGGGGGAAGUGGUGAUUCCCCUGGCAGCAUGGAAUUUUGAAGAGGACUCAAUGCAAUUUGACUGGUACCCGCUCAAACCCAAGACUUCUGUAUGUCCCUUUCUUCAGCUUGAGAAGCCUGAAGAUGAUCUUAUCCAGUACAGCAGUGAGCUCCUUGUGUCUGUAAGGCUGUCGGUACCAGCCCAGUAUCAAAACCUCCAGUUUGAAGGAAACAAAGACCAAGGAGUUCGCAACUGCCAGCUUCAGGUUAUGAUAUAUGGGGCCAAGAACUUGUCCAUGCUGAGAUCUGCUGGAAUGCCAAGCCCCUUUGUUAAAGGUUGUCUUACCCUUCCAGACCAAGCAGAGGUAAAGCAGAAGUCUCCUGUGCUGAAGAAAGAAGCCUGUCCACAGUGGAAACACUUGUUUGUCUUCGAUGGUGUGACCCCAUCUCAGCUACAGCAAUCGUGUCUACACCUGACUGUCUGGCACAAGUCAAAUUUCAGCGCAAGUGAUCAGUUCCUAGGAGGAGCCAAGCUUGGAGCAAAGGAAUUCUUUGGCACUAUGGACCUUCCUUCUCAGGGAGUGCUCCAAUGGCAGGAAGUGCUCCACAACCCAAACACGUGGAUGGACUUCCUACUUGUACUGCAUUCAAAUAAGGAAAACUUUAAAUCAUGAGAGAUUAUCACAAAACUUUUCCUUUCCCAUGUCCAAUGUUUUAAACUGAAAUGGUACAUACACUUCAAGUCUGGG